AUUUGGGUAAAAAUGAGACUGAGCAAAGUGAAUUCAAUCUUUCACUGUGCUUGUGCUUGACUGGUGCAACGAAGUCAAAGCGAAGAAGUCGAUAGUAAAAGAGAACGACAAUCUUGAAGGACGACGAUGUAUGUUUUUUUUUUUUUUCCAAAGAAAAGGACCCUCGGAGUUUUCACCAUCUUCCACGGCCGAGGAAGUCACCAAUGGGAUCGAGGGUUCUGAUCUCACUGCCAUUGUCACAGGUUAAUCCAAUUUUGAAUGGGUUUUUCUUGGAGGGAAGGAGGGAGUUUGGGUUAUUAACCAUCAAUUGAUCUGAUGGUGGUGCUGAGCCCAAAUGAAUUGCAGGGGCAUCAAGUGGAAUCGGUGCUGAGACCGCCCGUGUUCUCGCACUUGGUGGAGUAAAUGUCGUGAUGGCCGUCCGGAAUAUGGCCGCUGGCCGAGACAUCAAAGAAUCAAUUCUGAAGGAAAUCCCAAAUGCCAGAGUUGAAACCAUGGAGUUAGACCUCAGUUCGCUUGUAUCCGUGAAACAAUUUGCUGGGGAAUUUGUUUCGUCCGGUCGUCCAUUGAAUAUUCUUAUGAAUCAGGGAACUCCCUUUCAGCUAUCCAAGGACAAUAUAGAAUUACAUUUCGCAACGAAUCAUUUAGGUCAUUUUCUUUUAACCAGUCUUUUAUUGGACACCAUGAAGCAAACAUACCAAGCAACUAAGAAAGAGGGACGAAUUGUGACUGUAUCAUCUGAGGGUCACCGGUGUACAUUUCGUGAAGGUGUUCGUUUUGAUAGAAUCAAUGAUCCAAAAUGGUACAUCAGCUUCUUAGCAUAUUUCCAGUCCAAGAUUGCAAAUAUACUACAUGCCAAUGAGCUUGCCAGACGCUUAAAGGAAGAUGGAGUAGAAAUAACUGCCAACUCAGUUCAUCCUGGAGUAGUUACAACCAAUAUGUUUCGUCAUCUAGGCAUUUUUGAAGGGAGCUUCAACAACUUGCUAUGUAGCCCUGCAUCCACGAGUAAUGGGGAUAAGUGGCGAGUAUUUUGUUGACAACAAGUUGUCCAAAGCAAGCUCGAAAGCCGUGGACAUGGAUUUAGCCAGGAGGCUUUGGGAAUUUAGCAUGAAACUAGUCAAGCAACAUUUGGAUGACUCUCCUGAUGGACCUAAUCAGUGAAGACUGAACUGAAGCGCUCAUUCUGAUUGAACAAAGACUCAAUCCGUUUUGAUUGACCCUUAGCCCUUCAACAACAACCAAACAUGAAGCUUUUGCCUUGUUCAUAUUCGUAAUCCUCAUGCAAAUUGCGAGGAAACAAGUCCGUAAUUUGCUUUUAAUGAAUUUGGCCGAUUGUUGAAUCCAACUUGGUAUACCAUUUGGCACAUUGAAUGGAUCAUUUUUGUGAUGAAGUUUUCUUUUUUUGUAGACUUGGCAUUUAUUCAAUUAAUUGUGGAUUGCAGAGUGCCGGUACAUAGUUAAAUGUUUGUCGACCAUAUUUUCAUGAAGCUAUUAAUACAUUUGAUGUGAUAUUCCAAC